GGUGCGGUCGCGCCAUCUCGCUCGCUCGCACAUAAAUGUAUUCGCAAUGAAAAGCGACUGCGUCUGCGUUCGCAUUGGUUCUACGGAGAGCGCUGUUACAGAAAAGCAGUUGUUGUUAAGCUUAAGCAGAAAAGGUGUCAACGCCGGCGUCGACGCUAACGUCAACGUCAACGUCAACGCAAAGAGCAAGAGCAAAGUGUAUGGAGAGUGCUUCUCGUUGCAUGUGAUUUACGAAGAACUGUGAGCUACUUUAUUUUCACAGACAACUGUUAAUUGCUAACAAAAACAGCAACAAACACAACAACAACAACAUCAACAAUAAAUAUAAAUAAAACCUAUACAAAUCCAAAAUCAAACGAUCUACAAAAAGCCAUAUAAACAAACAUUAACACUGAACGCUUUGAAUUAACGCGUUUUAUGAUUAAUCAUGGAUAUCGACUCAAAAGCCCCAAAACGCAUUGAAAUUCUACAAUUUUUACUGGAUGUGCGUGCUCACUUUCGUGCCUCGCUAGCGACAUCAGAGUAUGAGAAUACUUCGAAUCUGUUUCAUGUGAUGGCCGCGGAGCAGACGCAGGAGCUGCUGCAGCGCUGUGACCAGCUGCUGGCCAGCUAUGCAGACGAUCAGGCGGCAGCAACAACAACAACAGCAGCAACAGCAGCAACAACAACAGCAGCAAGAGAUGCCACAGCAACGGCAGCAUCCAUUAAAUCGAAUGGCUGCAGCGAAGUGGGCGCCGAGACCGGUUGCUAUCUGGAUAUGAUGUCCUCAACAUCAACAUCAACGGCAGCCCCAGCAGCGGCAUUUGCAACGCCAAUUGCAGCCUCAAAGACUUCGCUGUCCGCCUCGAGGGAGUACAUCGAUCUGAGCAGCAGUCAAUCGUUGAACAGUGAUAAAACCUUUCGUUGCUCGAGCAAUCAGCAUUUGGAAUUGGAGCAGCAUUCCCAGCAUUCACAGCACUCACAGCAGCAGCAACAGCAGCAGCAGGAGCAGCAGCAACAGGACCAGCAGAUAUAUGACAUUUGCCAAAAUCCUGGAGAAGAGGAAACUCAGCAGGUUUUCGCGCACGAACUGUUCAUCAAUUGCCCCUACGCUGAUCUGCCCGCUGGGCACCUGGCCUUGCAUCGCUCCAUCAAAUUUGGCCAGUUGCAGCGCAUCGAGAAACGCCUGUUCUUCGAUCAGACCAAGAAAUACUACUGUGGCAUCCUGAAUGAUUGGAUGCUGUGCUAUGCGGAUGGUCCAACGUCUUGUCGGCCGAGCAGCAGCCUCUAUCUGAAGAGCUCGGCCAUUGAGAUUGAGCAUUUCGGAGAGGGUAAACGUCGUGAGGUUUGCUUUCAAAUCACCACCGCUGAUCCGAGCAAGAAGUUCGUCUAUCAGGCGAACAACGAGGUCGAUGCCAAAGAGUGGAUACACGCCAUUGAGGCGGCCAUACGGGGCGAGGCCGUUGCACAGGCAACGCUCAAGUCCUUACGGAAACUGCCCACGCCGCCGGUCAUGAAGCGACUCAGCUUUACGACCUCGGCCUCGGCAACGACAGCGGCCACCAACAGCGACAGCAUCUAUGAGGAGCCGUCGCCCAUAUAUAACUUUGGGGAGGCGCUGACACCGCCCCGCCUGCCCGAAAAGUGCAACAGUCCGAGUGCAUUGGCCAAACGUUUCGAAUACGACAUACCAAAGUGCCCGCCCCAGCCGCUGGUCAUGGACGAGGAGCCAGCUGGCGGUGAGGUGGAAACAGCUGAGCUGCUCAAUGGCGGUGCUAUUGCAAGUGGCAGUGGUGGUGCUGGUGCUGCUGUCGAGCUCAAGGCGCAGCCACAGCCAUCCAGUCUGCACGGCAGCUUGGCGCUAGAUUUCCAGGCCAAGGUCAAGACGGUGCACAGCGAGCUCUCUAGUCAGCUGACGAGUCCGGAGCGCUUGAAGAAGGCUGUCAAGAAGAGCUAUUCGUGCGGUAACCCCAACAGCGAGCCGGAACUGCUCUCCCUAACAGGCGGCAGCUGCAGUCCGGCCACACUCAAGGACCAAAAGAAGCAGCGCAAGGCAACACAGACGGCGCAGACGAGUCCGCAGAAGACGCCCGGCAAGGAUUGCGACAAGCUGGCACGCAACUGGUUUCUCAGUCGCCUCAACAAGACCAGCUCGACUCCGAAUUCCCGCUCAACGGGCGGUGGAACGAGCAGCCCCACCAGCAUACCGGCCAACGCCAAGUGCAAGCAGAGCGAAAAGGAGAAUCUGCUCAAUGGAUUGGAUAUGUGCGAUGGCAGCUACGAUGGAGCGCCCAACGAGCUGCAACAGUAUCAACAGCAGCAGCAGCAUCAGCAGCACCCGCAGAGCAGCAAUCCAACAUCGCCCUGCUUGAAAGCAGAGGCCAAGAGCAAGGUGAACAUGAUCAUCAAUCAGUUCGAGAGCAGCGGCCAUCUGUCGACCAUGUUCAGCGUGGAGGCAUUGGCGGCCAAUGCGCUGGCCUCCCUGACGUCCUUCUGCGAGAGCGACAACUGCAACAACUAUGAGCCAAUAAUGCCGCUGGCUACGCCGCCCAGCAGCUAUCUCAAAAAAGUGUAGGACAUCGCAUCCUGGACCAUCAUUAUCAUUGAUAUAGAAAUAUAUAAAUAUAGCACAGAUUUAUAAAGAGUUAGGCUAGCGAUAAAACACAUACUUUUCAUGUUUAUCCUUUCUCAUUGACAUAAAAUUUUAAUAUCAAAACAUAAAUUGGA